AUGGCUUCUUCUAUGGAAAGGGUUAAAAAAGUUGUCAACGAAAAACAUGAACGUAUUUUACUUGAAUUGACAAAACAAUCAGGAAACGAUGUAUGCGCUGAUUGUGGCUCUAAAGGACCACGUUGGGCAUCUCAUAAUAUUGGAAUAUUUUUAUGUAUACGUUGUGGUGGUUUGCAUCGUAAAAUGGGAACUCACAUAUCAAAAAAUAUGCGACAAUGGGGAAAUUUAAAAGCAAAUUUUAAAUGGAAUCCUCAUCCUGAAAUUCACCCUGCUCCGGUUAAUGCUUCUGAUAGUUAUAAUAGCAAUAACAACAAUAAUGAUCAUGCACCAAAUUAUGAUAAUUCACUUCGUCAACUUAGAGAUAUGGGAUUCACUGAUAAUACUAAGAAUCGUGAAAUAUUAAAUACAACUAAAGGCAAUCUUAGUUCUGCUAUCGAGAUAUUAGUUAGAUUACCACCUCCUAGUAGUAGUAAUAGUACUGCUGGUGAUUCUAAGAAUUCCAUAUCAAAUACAACAACAACAACAGCUACGUCAAAAUCCAGAAUUUCAACUAAUAGCAAUGCUAGUAGUAAUUCUUUAUCAUCAUCUUCUUCUAAUAUUGAUGAUAAAUUGGUUCAAUUAUGGAAUAUGGGAUUUCAAGAUGAACCCAAGAAUCGUGAGGCACUUCGUAGAACAGGUGGUAAUUUGGAAGUAGCUGCUGCUUUGUUAUCUGAAGCUCCAGCAGCAGCAAGAGCAAGAAAGGCAAAAACAAUUACAAUUACAGCAGCAGCAAGAGCAAGAAAGGCAAAAACAAUUACAAUUGCAGCAGCAGCAACCAGUAACAAAUAA